UUAAAUUAUUUAUAUAUCACUCCUGACGUCGAAAACAUUAAAACACCUGUUUAUUACAAAUAUUCACUAAAUAUUUUUUUUUAUUUAACGAAUGCUAUACUUUUUGAUGGAAAUUAGUACGUUUAUUGAAACCUUUGUGAACGAAGCAAUGUUUAAUAUUCUUCAAUGCUUUUUGCGAUACCAAGAACAUGCCUCCAGUAAAAUGGAGUUAUAAAGCACUUUGUUAAGGUUUAUAUCGCUAUCGUAGUGUGCAUGGCAGAAAAAAAUAUCAUAUUUGACUUGCGCAUUACAGUUUUGUUACUGUUUAAAUAGGAAUAUUGAUGUGAAUUUAGGUAUUGCGUUACAAAAACGCAUAGGACAUUUAAGGGUAUUUAUGAAGAAAUUAAAAUGGAUGAUCGGCGAUCAAUGCUUCAAUGGAGAUUUUGUUGCACACUCAUAUUCGCACUUUUAAUACUGGUAUAUGUGCUUUUUAAUUAUAAUAUCACAAAGGCUUUUAAUAUAAAUAACAUAAUUGAAAGGAAAAUUGUCGCAGAAUCUAAACGUAGAAAUAGUGAUCCAUUUGAAUUAAAAAUUGUGCAAUGGAACCCGAAUGAUACCGAUAAUUUGCUUGAUCAAAUUCGAAACUCUUGUUUGUCGGGCAAAGGAUUGCUGCGUGAUGACAGGAUUAUUAACUCUAACACGCUACAGUACAAUACCAUGGAAGAUAUAAUUAAUGUUGCAAGAAAUAUACAAAAAUAUCAUAAUGUCGUCCUUGUAAGUGUUAUUAAUGAUGCUUAUUUACCGUUCGCAUAUAGCUGGCUAUGCAAUACUGUUGAAAUGGAUGUACAUAAAUCAGUUUUAAUUAUUACAUUCAACACUCAAAUAAGAGAUAAUCUUAUAACAAACUGGAAGAAAAUAAAUGUUUUUGCGCUUGACAUCGAAAUGCCUAGCGGUGAUCAAAUAUACAGUCGAGCAGGUUAUGUAAAAAUAAUGAUUCGACGAACACAGAUCAUGUAUUCUAUUUUACAGGCUGACAUAAAUUUGCUUCUGUUUGAAUUUGACUACGUCUGGUUCUCUAAUCCUUUACCAGAAUUUAACGAUAUGUCGGAUGUUGAUAUUUUGUUUAAUCCAGUGUCUCUGACAAAUGGAAAUACUAGUAAUGGUGGACUUAUAUUUAUAUAUGCCACAGACAGAGCAAAAGUGUUCUGGAAAAAAUUAACUGAAUUAAUGAUCGACCUUGGUGAAAGGAUUCAAACACAAUCAGUUCAUACUAAAGUUUCAGAACACGAAAAUGAUCAAAUGUAUUAUUCCAAAUUGCUGAGGGAAAGGUACGGUAAUAUUAGGACUAGAAAGCUUCCACUUGCUCGCUAUGCGGAUGGUGUAUGGUAUAUGCUCAAAAAUUCAGAGAGGCGAAAGACUAAACCAAUAAUGAUUAGUAAUAACUAUAUUGAAGGAAAUGUCAACAAAAUGAAAAGGGCAAAGUCAUGGAAACACUGGUUUCUUCAAGACAACUGUACGUGUGACAUUGAUGCUGUUCGUAAACUUCAAAGGGGAGCAAACAAAUAAAAAACAAAUGUUUAAGCUGUAAAGUGCCCUCAACGUUAAUAAGAAACAUAGCUUUGUUAAAGAUUUCGUUACACAAAUUGAUUUAGUUUAAUAUAUAUCAUUGUUUA